CAGAAAAGCGCCGCAGCCUCGGCGAUUUCAGUUUCGGUUUCGCCUGGUUGGUCGGCGGAGGCCGGGCUUGUGGGGUGCCCGGAGUCGGGGUGCUGAUCCCGGCCGCGAGAUGAGGAACCUGGGGCCUGAGAGGUGAAAUGAUGAGUUAUCCAAGGCACACUGCUAAUUAAGUAGCAGAGCUGGGAUUAGAACUCAGGGUUCCCGCAUCCCAAAUUUCUGAUCAGGAUUGUUAAAAUGAGUCUGCGGAAGCAAACACCCAGUGACUUCCUGAAGCAAAUCAUCGGACGACCAGUCGUGGUAAAAUUAAAUUCCGGAGUGGAUUACCGAGGGGUCCUGGCUUGCCUGGAUGGCUAUAUGAAUAUAGCCUUGGAGCAGACAGAGGAGUAUGUAAAUGGACAGCUGAAGAAUAAGUACGGGGAUGCAUUUAUCCGAGGAAACAAUGUGUUGUACAUAAGUACACAGAAGAGGAGGAUGUGAAGACACCUAGAGUGCCAUACUUUUCACACUCGGAUAUGUUUUUUAUUAAGUUUUUUGGUUCUUCUGUCAUAUAAUUUGUCCUAUUUUGUCAUAGUUGGUGAUUUUUCACUGACACGUGAGUGAGAUAAAUGUAUAAAAUUGUGGAUUUAAUUGUAAAGAGUUCUUUCAUAUUUAAGUUGCAGUCAUUUUCUUUUACCUCUAUGUCAGUGAGCAGAAAGCAAAAAGAAUUUUCAAAAAAGAGAAAAUCUUUUUCUCCCUACAUGAUUUGUAACUGAAGUCUCAAACAACACCAUUUGAUUUGCCUGCUUUGCUUGUGGGACUGACUGAAAUGAUGGACGUGAGGACAAUUAAAACAUUUGUAGAGACGG